AUGUCCUUCGGUGGUGGUUUCGGGGGCUUUGGCUCCAACAACAACAACAACACCCAGUCCACUGGCUUCGGUGGAUUCGGCUCAAAUAACAAUACUUCAGGCUUCGGCUCCAACACGAACACUGGUUCAAGCAUAUUCGGCGCGAACAACAAUACGGGCAGCACAAUGUUCGGAAGCAACAAUAAUGCCAACUCGAGCUCUCCGUUCGGAGGCGGAGGUGGCUUCGGCACUAAUACCAACACCAACACGGCCUUUGGCUCGAAACCAUUCGGCAGCGCAACGACAGGCGGUGGACUCUUCGGCGGUGGCAGCACUACCGGUACCAGCACCUUUGGAGGCUUCGGGUCAACCAACAACACCACCUCAGCUUUCGGAAGCAACAACACCAACACUGGAGGCGGCCUCUUUGGCCAGAACAAGACGACUGGCUUUGGCACGUCAUCGACUGGCGGUAGCGGACUGUUUGGAGGCGGCAGCACCACUGGCGGCUUUGGAGCGACCAACACCACCGCGACAGGUGGAUUUGGCUCCAAUACUGGUAGUGCUUUCGGUGCAGGCGCUAACCCUCCCGCCAACAAUGGUACCGCCAACACUCCUUUCCAGCCUUUCUCCGAGAAAGAUGGAACGUCCGGCAAUGCACAGUAUCAGACCAUCACGUUCCAGCAGCCAUACCAAAACUACUCUCUCGAAGAGCUACGAGUAGCCGACUACAACCAGGGUCGACGAUACGGUAACGGCAAUGGUCAGGCUGGAGCAUUCGGCCAGAGCACUGGAUUCGGAGGCUUCGGCAGCAACACCAACACCACCACUGGCAGCACGGGUUUCGGUUCGACUAGCAACACCGGCGGCGGUUUGUUUGGCGGCGGUAAUACCAACACUACGUCUGCAUUUGGUUCAAACACAGGGUCGGCCUUUGGCUCAAACAACAACACUGCUGGUGGAGGUCUCUUUGGGCAAAACAAGCCUGCAACCGGUGGGCUGUUUGGCUCUACCAACAACACUUCGACUGGAACAACUAGUGGUCUCUUCGGAGGCGGCUCCACUACUAACACUGCUGGAGGCUUUGGAUCUGGAGGUGGUUUCGGAUCUUCGACGACUGGCGGAGGUCUGUUUGGCCAAAAUAAGCCUGCAACUGGCGGCGGUCUGUUUGGUGGCGGCAGCACCACCAACACCACCUCGACUCCCUUUGGUGGCGGCUCCACAAACACCGGCAGUGCUUUCGGUCAAUCGAACACUGGCGGCAGCGGACUGUUUGGCCAGUCCAACAACCAGGCCUCUACCACUUCGGCGUUUGGUGCCAACAACACUUCCACAAACACUGGUGGUGGAUUGUUUGGCGGCGGCGCUACUGGUGGCGCAUUCGGGCAGAACAACCAGGCUUCUACGUCAAACACGACUUCUGGUGGUCUUUUUGGUGGUGGUGGGUUCGGUCAGAACAACCAGCAAAACCAGCAAAAACCGGGCGGUCUUUUCGGUGGCGCAAGCACUGGCACCACAGGAGGCGGUCUCUUUGGUGGCCAGACAAACCAGAGUCAGCCUUCAAGCGGCGGCCUGUUUGGAAACUCUACUGCAAACAACAAUAGCACUGGAGGUGGACUGUUCGGCCAAAAGCCUGCAACCGGCGGUACUUCUUUGUUCGGAGGCGGCAAUGCCUCCACCACAGGCACGUCUGGAGGUUUGUUCGGAAAUCUAGGUACACAGAACAACCAGCAAAACACUGGUGGUUCAAGUCUCUUUGGUGGUCAGAACAACCAACAAAAGCCUGGCGGUCUGUUUGGCGGCUCCACAACCAACACAAACACUGGAGGUGGCCUGUUUGGCGGUGGUCUCGGCCAGUCGAACAACAACCAACAGUCAACACUGGGAGGCUCCCUUUUCUCUAGCCAAAACCAACAACCGCAGCAACAACAGCAAAACGGCAACAGCUUGUUUGGUGCCUCUGGAAGUUCUCUGUUGAACACCUCGAUGAACACCAACCCUUACGGAAACGACGCCUUGUUCGCUGGGCUGGGAACACCCAGUCAGAGCCCUGGUCCGCUUGCCACUCCGCUUUCUAGCAGCCAAAAGAACAAGAAGAAUGCCAUCUUGCCCCAGCAUAAGCUCAACCCGGCUGCUUCCACUCGCCUUCUCACCCCGCAAGCCAAGAGGGCCGGCUAUGGAUUCAGCUACUCGUCCUAUGGUGCCCCAGCUAGCGGCGCAUCAAGCUCGACCACCACUUCAGGCUUGGGUGGAAGUCUUUUUGCCAAUGGCGGCCUUUCCCGGUCACUGGGAAAGAGUAUUUCCUCCAGCAGCCUGCGCAACAACUUCACUGCCGACACUAGCAUUUUGUCUCCCGGUGCCUUUUCUACUACUGGACGUAACUUUGGAAACGGAGGCCUGAAGCGACUGAACAUCAACCGCAACAUCAACGCUGCCCGAACUCCACUGUUCGAUGAACCUUCCCAGAAGCGCGUCAGUUUUGCUGCAGGUGAAGGUGUAAACGGCAACACAAACGGAGAGACUGCGUUGAUUGUAAAACAAGACGAGGAAGAAGGCUCACCCAAGGCUGCUAGUCAUGACGGAGGCAGCGACAGCUCUCGCCCAGAAAUGCAGCAGGUCAACGGCACAGAGCUUGCCCGUGUCUCUGAAGACCACGCGCUUACGCCCAAGUCGUCAUCGUCGGUCAACAUCCAGCCUGGUCAGGACCCCAAGCCAGGCGAGUAUUGGUGCAGCCCUUCCAUGGACCAACUGAAGAAGAUGAGCAAGCAGGAGCUCAAGAGCGUUCCCAACUUUAUUGUAGGCCGCCAGCACAUUGGCCAGAUCAAGUUCAACCACGGCGAGCCUGUCGAUCUGUCUGAAGUUGAUCUCGACAAGCUGUUUGGCGACAUUGUCCAGCUGAACGCGCGCAAUGCCACUGUCUAUGGAGAGACCUGCACUUGCCUACCCAAGCCACCACUUGGUACCGCUCUGAACAGGCCCUCUGAGAUUGUUCUCGGCAACUCCUGGCCACGCAACAGGGCUGGCAAGAAGGACGUCAAGCACCUGGAGCGGCUGAAGCGAGUCGCCGGCACGACUUUUGUCAAGUACAACCAGGCCACUGGUGAAUGGACUUUCACCGUUCCUCAUUUCUCCUCUUACGGUCUGGAUUACGACGAUUACAGCGAUGAUGAGGAUGAUGACAUGUCGAGUGAGCUCAGUGAUGUUCCCGAUACGCCAAUGGAUCAACAGCAUCGCUCUAGCCAGAUGACUAGCACACCACAAGACGACUCAUCAUUUGCUAGUCCCACGCAGUCCAGCCCCGAUGACACCUUUGAUUUCAAGAAGGGCAUGCGCGGGCGCACCACUGUGCCAGGCGGGUUUGGAGAUGAUUCGAUGUAUGACGAUGAUGAAGAGAUGCAAGGCACCCGAGGCCAGUCUUUUUUAGGGGGGCGCUCCGUGGGUUCGCUUGAUGGACAGCAGGAUGCUGACUAUUCUGAAGAGAGCGAAUCGGAAUUGGCGCAUGAACAGAGCAUGGCGGAUUCUGUUUCGAGCCCAAUUCGCACCACGGAGCAAACCAACGCCAAAGAAGAUGUUUCCAGGGGCUCCCUGAUGCCCAAGUCCAUUCUCAAGGCUGGCCAAAUCCUCAAGCCAUCCACAGGUACACCCUCGAAAGCGCAACCAAUUUUCGACGACGACUGGGCCAAUCAACUUCAACGCACGAUUAGUCCUAAGAAGCAGGAUCGACAGGCCCUUCGCGAAAGCCAGGGACAUGCUUUGCGGGAACAGGAGCUCCAGCCUACCAAACUCUCACAGUCCUUUGGCGCCCGCCAGAUGACUACUGCUCUGGAUCUCAUGGAGUCUCUUUUCGGAGAGACGGAAAAGCAACAUUUCCCCAAGCGUGGUGGACACGGUAUCGAGUUACCCUAUUCCAAGCGCCCAAAGACAGAGUCCGAUCUCGACCAACUUACCGACACCGACAAGAACUUCCACAGCUGCAGCAAACCCCACUUUAGCGAAGCAAACAUCUUGAUUUACGGCAACAAAGGCCACGCACACCUCGAGGGCGGCGUCUUUCCUACUGCUCAAGAACCACUCAUUGGUGCCACAAAGGACAUCCGGUUUGCGAAGAUGCCUACGUUUGACGAUUCUGCGCCUGAGACUCUGGCUCUCCAGAAAAAACACACCAGGAUCUAUACGCCAGAUGGCAUUCCGUCUGCCAAGCUGUUGACCGACCCAGCUCCUGUGGAAUUCUCCAGCAUGGCAAAAGCUGUUUCGCUCGAUACUACCGCAGGCGUUCAAGAACAGCAGGCUUGGCAGUUGCUUUCGCUAUUGUUCGACGACGCAGAUCGAGUACCUGCAGGGAUACCAGUAGAGCAUAUGAAGGUGUAUCGAAAAGAGAAGCUUUCAGAGUUCUGGAAGUUGCUGGUCUGGGACGACGCACAAAAGCAUGCCCAGCAAGCUGCAACCCCCGAGGAGCGUGCUCUUGCGCAGCUGAGUUGCAACAACGUCGCCGAUGCAUGCCAUACUUUGCUGGACGGUCUUGAUCUCCGACUGGCUACAAUGGUUGCUCAGAUUGGAGGUGAUGAAACGAUGCGGCAGAGCAUGGCUGCUCAAAUCGAAGAGUGGCGUCGUCUCGAUACCCUUGCGGAAAUGGAGGAUGCACAUCGCGCACUGUACGAGCUCCUUGCUGGUAACUGCACCCAGUCAGAGGGCAAGACCGGAGCAGGCAGUGAAAAUCGUGCUGCUACCUUCAACAUCUCCAGCCGGUUUGGACUCGAUUGGCGACGGGCUUUCGGAUUGCGUUUGUGGUAUGGCACGCUAACUAAUGAGCCCAUUGAGAUGGCCGUAGCACAAUUUGCGGACGCCGUCAGAGAUGGCAGGGAAGAUGUCAAGCCAGUACCUUGGUUCGUAAAGGAAAAGACCGACAUGGGCUGGAAAGACCCUGCUGCUGAGCACCGAGAAGAUCUUCUUUGGGGCAUCUUGAAACUCUACGCCUCCGCAAAGAUGGAUCUUGCUGCCAACAUUGAGAAUGUUCUUGCUCCUGAGAACGUUUCUGGCAACCCUUUCAAUGCCCGGCUCUCGUUCCAGCUGUUCCAGCUCUUCAGGUCCCGACAGGAAGACGCCAGCGAGGCAGAUGAGCGUAAGGUGGCCAUGCCUACGGUCCGUGCAGAUGGCGGCGACGGAUUCGGUCGCUCGUUGCAAUCAUGGACUGCUCCAGGAGCCCGUGAUGACGUCCAAGCAGCGGAUCCGAUUGUCGAGCUGAAUGAUAAGAUCACGCUCACAUAUGCAGCCUCGCUACACACACCGGAGCAUUGGACAACUGCCAUCUGGGUUUACUCCCACUUGUCUUCUGCGCCGAUGCGCGAGCAUUACAUACGCGCUCUGGUCAAUCAGUUCUCUGGAUCAUUUACUUUGGAGGACGGCGACACCAUUUAUGCUCAUCUUACAGCCGAUCUUCACGUUCCUUCCACAUGGCUCCAUUCGGCUGCUGCUCUGCAUGCAAAGUCGAGCGGCGAUGCUCUUCGCGAAGCAACGCAUCUCAUCAAGGCCGACGAGUUGGAAGAGGCACACGAGGUGCUCUGCCGGAAGGUUGGGCCAGAGGCCAUCAUCUCGCGCGACUACGAUGCAUUGCGUGAACUCAUGGCUGGAUUCGUCGCAGAGUCCAACGUUCCUCUUCCGCGGGAGCCAGUUCAAGGCUGGGCUCAGGGUGGCCAGAUAUACUUUGACUACCUUGAGCUGAUUGACUUGACCGGCCAACGCUCAGCAUACCGCGUGGACGAGGAGCUCGAAAGCCGAGUCGAAGAGCUGCUCACCAAGCUUCAGCGCGCGCUCGAGAUUGCCGGACGCGACCGACUAGGCGCAUGUGGCCUGGAAGAGCGCGUCGCUCUCAUGGACAUUGCCGGCACCGUCGCCAACCUCGUCACAAAGACACAACAGCGUACAAAUCGCAACUCGAUUCUCAAGCUCCCCCUCACCGAGGAUCUCUGGCUCAAACACUCCAUCGACCUCAGCACAAGUUACUACCGCAAUCUCUUGCUCACCAGCCGGUAG